GAGCCUCUGGGCUCCAAGGUACCCCAUACACCCAUGGCAUUGACGACACACGUCGCACGUCUUUACCAACAAAAGCUUGUUGACUCAGACGCAUUUGUGCGAUCGUUUUCGAUCUUCAAACACAUCUGUUCGCUCGAUUGCGAGCUUAGUAUCGGACAACGUAUGCUAACAUGCCCUACUUGACCCGCAACUCUUACCACAUCGUUCGUAGACAGAAUGACCUCUACCGACCACCCUGCGGGUACCGCAAACGGUGUCCUGAACCUGCGGCACAUACCAUACCACUUCACCAACGAGGAUGCCGAUAAGUCGGCGCUGGAACUUGUGCAUACCCUGGAUGGCGAGUGGAAGACGGCAGAAGGUCCGGUGGUAUUCGUCCGCUUCACCGAGGGCAUCACCAAUACCCUAACAAAAGCUGUCAAGCGCAAGCCAGGAAGAAGACAGUCGGAGAUUGACCGGGAAGCGGUCCUGAUUAGGGCGUAUGGGAAAGGGACAGAUGUCAUCAUUGAUCGCGAACGGGAGCUAAAAGCGCACAAUCUGUUGGCAAGCAUGGGCUUGGCGCCGCCGCUGCUUGCUCGCUUUGACAAUGGCUUGAUGUACCGUUUUAUACCGGGAGAUGUCUGCACGCCGGAGGACCUACGCAAACCGGAGGUCUACCGAGCCGUCGCGAGGCGGCUGGGUCAAUGGCACGGUAGUCUGCCCAUUUCAGCUAUCACCUCGACCCCCAAUCUCAAUGUGAUGCCAGCGAGCAAGCAUUGCGGCGUGAAGGAUGGCAAGCAGUCUCGACCGUACCCCAACGUGUGGACAGUCAUGCAGCAGUGGAUCGAAGCCCUGCCCAGCAGUACGGAAGCCGAGCGAUCUCGAAACGAGACACUAAACCAAGAGCUAGCCUGGCUUUCAACGACACUGGGAGACACCCCUGGCCUCGUGGAAGGCCGGGACUACGUCUUCAGCCAUUGCGACCUACUCUCCGGCAACGUUAUAAUACAGUAUCCAAUGGGCGCCGACGGCGAGGGCGACGAGCGUCCCGUAAGUUUCAUCGACUACGAGUAUGCCACGCCCGCACCAGCAGCGUUCGACAUUGCCAACCAUUUCGCCGAAUGGGCCGGCUUCGACUGCGAUUACAAUGGCAUUCCGACGAAAUCGCAGCGCAUUGACUUCUACAAACACUACGUUGGGUCCUUCCGCUCCCACACGAUAUCCGACAACGACAAUGUCGCGAUGGAGGUAGACUUUCACAACGAUGUCGUGCAGCUCAACAAGCAGGUUGAUUUGUUCCGGGGCGUGCCGGGUUUCUACUGGGGCAUUUGGUCGUUGAUACAGGCGAUGAUCAGUCAGAUUGACUUUGACUAUUCGUCUUAUGCUGAGCUGCGGCUGGCGGAGUACUGGGCAUGGAAGGCAGAGCUGGACGGGUCACGCGAAAGGGAGGGCAAGGAGAUGAGUCUCAGGGAACGGCGAUGGGCGUCGGAGUCUUAGGCAAAAGUCGCCGUGUCAUAAUUUCACAUCAAUGGGCCACCAGGCGUGUCUGACAGCGAGCUCGUCGCCAUGUGCUAAAGCCAAGCAGAUC